AUGUCCGCCCUCCCGGCUCCCCAAGCGCCUCUUCAGAUUGAAUGGCAACCGGCAGCUUUAGAAUUCCAAGAGGGACAGACACAGUUGAUCCACAAGCCCAGGACGGCGCUCCAGUCCUACAUCCCCGGAUGUGAGCCCACCUGGCAAGAUACCGACGAAGUCACCCUACAGGACUUCUUUGCGGAAUUGCAGCGCUACCUGAUGCACAGCCUGCAACAGGAAGUCAUCAAGGCCGGCAAUGCGCUAGCCUUGGUGCAAGAAAGACAAGAAGCUGAGGCAGUCCUGCUCCGGAACGCCUUCGGCUAUAUGCAAGAACAAGUCUCCUCAGUCCAGGCACAACUCCAGAGUUAUGCUCAGAGAGAUGACUUAGGAGCGGAUGAGAUGGAGGACAUUGAAUGGACAAACCCGGCGAUGCCCCCUAACUUCCUGGAAGACAUCCAGAGAGCCAUUAAUGAAGGAAGGCUCUCCAUCGCCAGGAUGCCUACACCAGCACCUGUCCCCAAUCCCGCACCUCUGCAAAACUCCAGGGCCUCAUCCAGAGCGGCCCUGAGAACCUUCCUGUAA